UUCAAUAUUUUUUCACCUUCGCAACGAAGAGGAGAGUUCACUAUGACGUCACAAUAGGUUUGAGUGCGGGAGAUUUUGUAAACAGACAUUCACUCUCAGGUAUGUCGUCAUCAAGUAGCAGCAGUAGUAGCUCGGGUUCGGACAGCUCAGAGGAAGUAGUGGUCCACCGGUAUCUACAACACGACCUUAAGUCUGGCGUAGCCCAGGGGAGAGCACUCCUCCGUCGUCAUGGCGGGAUAAAGGCACAGCCUUGUCACUAUCAGUUACGGGAUUGUCGCCACGCUGUUCUGGACCACAAGGGUCACGGUUACCAGGGUAAACAUUGGGACACCCCAGUCCUUAGCAACAACCUGGAGAAGUCCACCCGCCGACUCACCAUUAACGCCGUGGACAGAGAGAUGGAUGAGGAACAGAAGAAUCGCGCGUAUCACGAGGCUGAAACGGCGAGGCUGGCUAAGGAGAUCAUCGCACCGCUACUGGCCGAGUAUAGCGACACCAUUACUAUCAGCAUGAGAGAAAUGGCUGCAGAUAAGCGCGUUCAGACGCAGCAUCAGGAGAUGAUAAAAGACACGGUGCAGGGUGAACUCCUCCACCAGGAAAACGCCAAGCAGGUCCAAAAAAUGUCUGAGGAGGAACGCGAAUACCAGAUCAAACUUCUAAUGGCCAUGAAAGAUGACGCCUUGAAAACGGCCAGCAUUGACUCCUUGGUGGACAAAAUGGCAGAAACCAACUACAAGCGUUCACUGAUCAACACGGACCUGGAGGAGGCCUCAGAGAGGUUACAGGAGGAUGAGAAAGAGACCAACAUUGAGUACAAUAAGGCGGUAGGAGAGCUCCUGGACCAGUCCUUAGUCACCGUGGUACACGAGAACCAUAGAGACAUGCUCAGAGAACAGGCAGAGCAAGCCAGGCAAGAAAAAAUUCAGAUGCAGAAGGAGUUCGAGAAUGAUAAAACUGCCAAACAUGUCCAACACAAGUACACACGUGCCCUGAAAAAACUCACUGCAAUUUAUCACGAUCUCGAGAUUAAGGACAAGAAAGAAGAGGAGGCACUGAAGCAGUACCUGGAGGACGUCAAGUUUUCAGCUCAAGAGGAUAUCAUCAGAAUGGUUACCCGGAAGUGGACGAGUAGGUUGUACUCGGAGGAGAAGACGAGGCGGAUCCAUGAAGAGGAGGAGUGUAUAGACCAGGAGAACCCGGCCAGGAACGCCAUGCUGAACCUGAUGAACCGAGUCCAGAGACAGAUGAUGCUGCAGAAGUUCAAAGGAAAAUGGAUCACCGUCACUAACAAGAAGAAGUUAGAAAAGGCCGAGAAGCAGGAGGAAAACCUGACUGAGCAAGACCGAAAACUUCGGAAGCUCCGAACCAGAAGCCGGAAAGAAACCAAAGUUGUCACAUGGCAGGAUGAAUAUUAAAGAUACAGCCGUUAAAUUCUAAUAAAAGUGUUUUUGUAAAUAUCAUGCCGGAAAUAAACGCAAUUUGCCUAUGAA